CUCGAAAAACUUUUAAUUUCAGUGCAAAUUGGAGGUGUGGGAUCUGGAAAUAGUUCUGGCAAGACAAAAAUAGUUGCAAUAGCUGCUGGGGUUACAGUUGGUAUAGCUCUUGUGCUAUUUGGACUAACCCUUUGCUUCUUAUCAAAGAGAAGAAAACAUCAAGGUUCAAUCCGAACUAAAUCCGUAAACAGAGGCACUAGCGAACGAAGUCAAGAACUUCUGAUGAAUGCAACUAUUAUUCCAAGUAAAAGAGAAUUUUCUGGUGAAACUUCCACGGAAGAGUUUGAAUUGCCAUUGUUUGAUUACAGUACCCUAGCUACGGCAACAGAAAAUUUUUCUGAUGCAACUAAGUUGGGCCAAGGUGGAUUUGGUUGUGUUUACAAGGCAAUGCUGGUUGGUCAAGAAGUAGCAGUCAAAAGGCUCUCGAAGAAUUCCGGACAAGGAGUAGAGGAAUUUAAAAAUGAGCUAAGAUUAAUUGCCAGGCUUCAACACAGAAAUCUAGUCCGGCUUCUUGGGUGUUGUGUUGAUAUGGAAGAGAAGAUGCUGAUCUAUGAAUACCUGGAGAAUAAAAGUUUAGAUUCAAUUUUGUUCAAUAAACAGAAUAGCUCGCUGCUCAACUGGCAAAAGCGGUUCAAUAUUAUUUGUGGUAUUGCUCGGGGGCUUCUAUACCUUCACCAAGAUUCAAGAUUUAGAAUUAUCCACAGAGACCUUAAAGCAAGCAAUAUUCUGCUUGAUAAGGAUUUGACCCCCAAAAUAUCAGAUUUUGGCAUGGCAAGAAUUUUUGGCGGAGAUGAGACUGAAGGAAAUACAAAAAGAGUAGUUGGAACCUAUGGUUACAUGUCUCCCGAAUAUGCAAUGGAUGGCCUCUUCUCUGUUAAGUCCGAUGUUUUCAGCUUUGGGGUUUUGGUGUUAGAAAUAGUAACGGGGAAGAAGAACAGGGGAUUCUAUUAUCAAAACAACCAACUCAACCUUCUUGGACAUGCGUGGAGACAAUGGAAAGAAGGGAGCGGCUCAGAGCUACUAGAUCCAUCGUUUGGAGAAUCGUUUUCUCCGUCUGAAGUAAUGAGAUGUAUACAAGUUGGACUGUUGUGUGUCCAGGAACAAGCAGAAGACAGACCAAACAUGGCCACUGUGGUUUUGAUGCUAGGCAGCGAAAGCGCGUCACUACCUCAGCCUAAAAACCCAGGAUUUUGCCUUGGAAGAAGACCUGUUGAUUCUGAUUCAUAUUCGACUAAUUAUGAAGAAACUUGCACUGUCAAUCAAGUUACAGUUACCAUGAUAGAUCCCCGGUAGUUGAUGGUAUCACUCUCAGAAAGUGUAUAUUACUACAAGAGGUUCACAAUUUUCUCUUGUAUACUUUCUCAGUUUUUGCUUUUUGGGUAAGUUUUGUGUAAGAUAAAGAGUAUAAUUAGGUCUUUUUUUCUCAUUACAUACAAUUGUGAGUUCAAAAAUCUGUCUUUUUUCAUCAUCAAUGUAAUAGUCCAAUCAUUCCUUU